AUGAGUUCAACUACUACCCGAAACCUCUCCCAUAUCGUCCCACUCGACUUCAACUCCAUCCACACAUUACCCGACUCCCACACUUGGGACUCCUCCACGGACCACCACCCCUUCACAGAACUCGUACCCAUCAUAGACCUACUUGACCCGAAUGCCGCCUCGCUCAUACAGCUUGCCUCUGAGCAAUGGGGUGUGUUCCAAGUCACCAACCACGGCAUUCCAAUGAACUUAAUCCAAGAAGCGGAGCUACAAGCCCGUGGAUUGUUUGAGCUGCCUAGGGACCAAAAACUCCAGGCACUUCGAUCACCGGAGAGCUUAACCGGUUACGGGCGAGCCCGCAUUUCCGCCAACUUCGCAAAGCUGAUGUGGUCGGAGGGUUUCACGAUGAUCGGGUCUCCGCUUAAACAUGCGGCUCAGCUCUGGCCAGAUGACCACUCGGUCCAAACCUACUUCUGUAAUGUAAUGGAGGAGUACCAAAAGAAGAUGAAGGGCCUAUGUGGAAAAUUGAUAAGGCUGUUGCUUGGAUCAUUGGGCUUGGACCAAGAAGAUGUUAAAUGGCUGAACCGGCCCAAAAAGAGCGGCAGAAAUUUUCCACAGGUCUUGCAACUGAACUCGUAUCCGGUUUGUCCGGACCCGUCCCGAGCCAUGGGGUUGGCUCCUCACACAGACUCCUCAAUUUUCACAGUGCUAAACCAAAGCAACAUAAGUGGCCUGCAAGUCUUUAAGGAUGGGAUUGGUUGGGUGCCGGUUCACCCGGUCCCCGGUGCACUUGUAGUCAAUGUAGGUGAUUUGUUGCACAUACUAUCCAACGGCCGGUUCAAGACUGCAGUGCAUCGUGCGGUUGUCAAUGAGCUAUAUCACCGCAUCUCCAUCGCCUACUUCUACAGCCCACCGUACGACGUGAAGAUAUCACCGCCGAUGAAGUUGAUCGACCAAGAUCAUCCUCCCCUAUAUCGACCGGUAACUUGGAAGGAAUACCUUGGUAUCAAAGGAACACAUUUCAACAGGGCACUUGAUCUAAUCAGGAAUGACACGGACCAAGCACCAUACAUGCAUGAAUAG